AUGCUCGCCCUGACGGGUUACGCGGCCAAGACCCAGCACCCCGCGAAGGCGAGCACAGGCUGCGCCAACCCGGACAUGACCGCCGCUUCCGGCCACUACGCUGUCAUGCUCGACGGCGUCAGCGGCGCCCCGCCGCCAAUGACCCCCGAGGGUCUGGCGCGGGACAUGCGCCGUCACGAGGAGACGAAGCUGCACUUGAAGCUCGCGGCGGGGGGUAAUAGCGCCGAAUCGCUGCAGGAACACAUCAAAAACACAUUGCGCCGAGUCGGCAAUGUGGGCCGCCACAACGCCGCCGAGCUCAAGAAAGCCGUGCAGACAUUGUCUGGCGCUGCCUUGCUGAGGCGGGCGGGUCUAGCGAGCGUGCUUGAUGCGCUGCGUCGGUACAGGGUUAGGUGCAGUAGCGGCGCAGCGCAGAUGGCGCCGAAGGACUGCUUCCGCGCGGGAUUGUGCAAAUGGGCCCAGGCCUAA